CAUUAGCACAUGCUGAUGUUUUUUGUUUAAAUUUUGUAAGGUGUAAAAUGUUUAAUAUAAAAUAUAAGGAAGUAGACACUAGGCAGAAAGCUGCUGAAUAAUACGGUUUAUAACGUAAUGAACACUUCUAUACGUUUUAGAUUUUACAUAUAGUAUUUACAGACUUACAGUGUAAAUUGUAGAAAAGUCGAAUGACUUUAUUAAUAACUUAAACUAAAAAAAGAUUCAUAUUUUUACUUUAAACCAAACUAUUGAGUAUCGGCAAUAUCAUUACUGUGUUUAAAAUGAGUUUUAUAACUAAUACAUUUUAUGGUGGAUUAACUUCUGGUAUACUGAUUGGUCUGGCUUUUAAUAUGAUCAAGAAUUAUUUUCUUUGCAAUAAAGGGACAAGUGAAGAUGAAAAAAGUGUGGGUGAAAGUCAACAACCUAAAUUGUCAAUAAAUAAAAAUGGAGAAUUCAAAAUGGCAUUAUUGGUUCGUCAUGAUUUGAAAAUGGGCAAAGGCAAAGUUGCAGCACAAUGCUCACAUGCAAUUGUGCACUGUUAUGAAGAAGGCUUAAGGUUAAGUCCAAAUGAAAUAAAUAACUGGGAGUCAAACAAUAAACCAGUGAAUAUAUUCAAGGUAGCAGAUGAAGAAACUAUGUUAAAAUUUCAACAAUUAGCCAUUGAAAAAGGAUUCAAUACCUAUGUAGUAGUAGACGCAGGUCGUACACAAGUAGCACCCAGAUCUAAAACAGUAAUGGCUAUAGGCCCAGCUGAAAGUGAGUGUGCAGUUGUAUCAGUUAUUGCGUACAAUAAAACUAAAUUGAGCAAUUUACCCUCCAAAUGUGCUAGAGUUGUUUUACGUGCUCCAGAUUUAAAAACAUUAGAAUGUAUUCAAAAGCAAUGCAAGUUAUUUGACAUUCCAACAGCAAACUUUACUGAAAACGAUCAAAUGACAGUUUUAGCAAUUGGUCCAGCUAAUGAAGUUUCUAUAAAUGCUCAAGUGCAUAGUUUAAAAUUAUACUAAUAUUAUUUACUAUUAAUACUUGAAUGGUAAAUAUUUCCAUGCUAUGUAUUUUACUUUUUAUUAAACAAUAAUUGAAAAGUGUUUAAAAUUAUAAUAUAAUGAACAAAUUAUAUUUAUCUA